AGAGAAUGCCGGAAUAUGGAGGUCAGUAGAGUGUUCCUGCCAUGAUUCCUCAUGUUGGAUGAGACAAUUUGGAAGAACAAUGGACAAAUGAAUCACAGAUAAAGACUCAGCCAUGACCAUCACCUGUGGUCCACAGGAUAGCUGCAUCAUGCCUCUCCGUCUUAUUUAGAAACAUCAGCCUUGAAGGAAACCUCAGUCCCAAGAAUCAUAUUGCUUUGAAAUCUCAAAUUUGAAGCAUUCCAAAGAAAAGUUAAAUUGACAACCAAGCUGGGGAUAAAAAGCAGCAAUUCCUAUCUAUCCCUCAUCACCCCCUGCCUGCACUGACCAAUGGAGAGACUACAGAUAGAGUCUGGAUAAAAGGGGAGACAGGCCAAGAAAGAGUGAGAAACGGAGUGAACAACGGACUGUCUGGCAGAAGGUACCUGUGCUGAUCUGGCAGCUCUGGGAAUUCAGCUCCUCCUCUUAAGCAAAGUCAAAGAGAAACUCUGCACUUUGAGACUGCUCCCACAGCCUCUUCCAGGAGCAGGUUUUUGAUCUUGUAUCAUCAGGGUGGGUGAAAUGAAGUCAGGGUGUUGGUCAACUCUCUGGCCCCUGUGGCCGAUUCUGUUGGCGGGAUUCCUUAUAUCAGCCGGGGCCCUGGAGUUUGGCGGCGCCCCGGGGCAGUGGGCACGUUAUGCCCGUUGGGAGGCUGGCUCGAUCGGGGAACUCAGCUUUAGCCUCAAGACCAAUGUGAGCAAGGCGCUGGUUCUGUACGUGGAUGAUGGUGGGAACUGUGACUUCCUGGAGCUACUCAUCAGUGGUGGACACCUACAGCUGCGAUUUGCCAUCCACUGCGCCGAACCCGCCACCCUGCAGAUGGAGACCCGUGUCAACGAUGACCGCUGGCACAUGGUACUGCUCACCCGAAACUACCGUGAGACCGUGCUGAUGGUGGACGGGGAAACCAAAGUCGCGGAGGUGCGUUCCAAGCGCAAGGAGAUGGCGGUCGUCAGCGACCUGUUCGUGGGGGGCAUCCCGCCGGACAUCCGUCUGUCCGCCCUUACGUCAAGCACAGUGAAGUACGAGCCUCCGUUCAUGGGUUUGAUCUCCAAUCUGAAGGUAGGGGAGAUGCCUCCCACUCUACUCAACAACAAUGGCAUUCAUAACGAUCUGGAGUAUCUGUGCGUCAAGCAGAACCCCUGCUUCAACGGGGGAUACUGCACCAUCCAGUUCGGCGAGGUCUACUGCGACUGCUCUCACACACGCUUCCGAGGGAAAUACUGCAAAGAAGAAGAGUAUGCGGUGGAAGGUCUGGCGCACCUGACGUUAAACAGCCAAGGAGACUCGUCUCUAGUCGGUGAGUUCAGCUUGUUUCUUCUCUUUUAGCUGAUCUUUAGAAAGAUCUCUUGAGCCACUGACGGUUGUGAGCAUGACCAAAUACACACAACACAAAAGAAUAAUGACAGCACACAAAUACAACACAAA